AUGCCUUCCCCAACCCAGAAGUUCGCAAUGUUCCGCACCGCAGCCCGCUAUCUCACCGAACCGCACCCCUUCGCACGCAACCCCGUCACCAUCAAGCCGCACCCGGUAGACUUCAGCUUGUACCCCAAACGCCUGGCUCGCACUGGUGCAUUUGUUUUCCCCAUGGCAUUAGUAGUCCUCGGAUGGCCUGUCGCGGCCGAGAUAUACGGUCGUCGCGUUGGCAUGUGA